AGAGGAAAAGGGGGGGGGGGAGAAAGGGGGGGAGAGAGGUAAAUAGCCUUAAAUCGGAAGGGAGCUGCUUUCUCUGUGGUCUUCCACAAGAGCUGCUUGGGCUCUGCAAUAACCGAGUGACCUUUUCUUUUGCUGUAUUAUGUCUGGCUGGUAAGGGAUUGCAUUUUGCAGCUGAUAAAGCCCUGACUUCAUUCAACGCGGCUCCUCACACGCUGCUUUUAGGUAUACAAAUGCUCUCAGUCCAGCCAGACACCAAGCCGAAAGGUUGUGCUGGCUGCAACCGUAAGAUCAAGGACCGGUAUCUUCUAAAAGCCCUGGACAAAUAUUGGCAUGAGGACUGCCUGAAGUGUGCUUGCUGUGACUGUCGUUUGGGGGAGGUGGGCUCCACCUUGUACACCAAAGCCAACCUUAUCCUUUGUCGCAGAGACUACCUGAGGUUAUUUGGUGUUACAGGAAACUGUGCUGCUUGCAGUAAGCUAAUACCUGCUUUUGAGAUGGUGAUGAGAGCCAAGGAAAAUGUUUACCACCUGGACUGCUUUGCAUGUCAGCUUUGUAAUCAGAGAUUUUGUGUUGGAGACAAAUUUUUCCUAAAGAACAACAUGAUUCUGUGCCAGACAGACUAUGAGGAGGGUUUAAUGAAAGAAGGUUACGCACCCCAGGUUCGCUGAUCUGCCGCCACGUCGUUAAGAAUAUAAAGCACUAUGUUCUUUUAUCUUUUUUGCUCAACAUGUAUAUAAGAAAUGACACAGGAUCCUACUGAAUAGCGUAGAUAUAGAGAGACAGGAUGGUCGCGUGGAAUAAAAGGCGGACUGCAUAUGUAUGUAGUGAAAAUUGCUCCAGUUCAGAGUUGAAUGUUUAUUAAAAAAGGUAAACUGUACAUACUGCUGGAUUUUUAUUUUAUUUUAUUUUUGGGGGCUUGCUAUUGUUUUUUUUUUUCCCUUUUUGUGUCAUUUGGCAUGAGAUGUUUAUUUUGGACUAUUGUACAUAAUGUAUUGUAAUAUUUGAAGCACAAAUGUAAUACAGUUUUAUUGUGUUACCAUUUGUGUUCCUGUUUGCUUCUUUGUAUUGUUGCAUUUAGUACAAUCACUGUCUAAACUUAUUGUAUAUUUAUGCUUUCUGUAUCUACCAGCUAUUUUAAAUUAGCUGUAACUUUCUAGUAAAAAAGAAUUAAAGAGCAAAUCCCAACCAUUAUGCUACAGUUAAGAGCUUAAAAUACUACUUACAUUACAACUAUUUAAAAGAAAAUAAUUCUAGCAGCAACCACUGCAAACAAUGCUAUGGUUAAAGGUCUAUCAGCACUUGUGUUAUAAGCCUCUAUUUUUCAGGGGUUAAACCUCAGCUGUUUAAUUGUAUAGAUCUCCUCCAAGAGCACUUUUAUUUUAUUACAAAUUUUUGAAAAACAUGCCUGGCUGGUUUGGGACAUAUUACAGAAGGUACAAAAGUGAAUGAUUUUGGGUGCUGCUUUUGUGCUGCUAGAUGUUCAAAAUAAGUUUUGUUUUAUUUUUAAAUUAGCUGGAAAUUAGGCCCUAAUGCAAACCAGUGCCUUUGGGUAUCUUGUAACAUAUAUAUAUUCUGAAGUUGUUUAAUUUGGAAAAGUGACUUCUGCUCUUGUGCAGAGAUCUUUUGUAAGAUCAAAUUUCUUAGGCUUUGAGGUUUGUUUUUUGAGGGGUUAUUUUGUGGUGUUUUGGUUUUUUGCAUCAAGACUUAACCCUAACUUUUCAUGUAGAGUUGUGUGGCUGUGUCGUAAGUGACUUGUUCCAAAAUGAUGAGGUUAGAAGGCAUCAAGAACAGCUUCAGUUAUAGGGUCUGUAUACAUUAGGGAAAAGACCCUUUUGGCUGACAGUAGGAAAGUGACUUGUUGCUGACAACUACCCUUGGUGGCGGUUGAAGAAGACAAUUUAAACACUGACGUAGAUGGGACAAUACUUUUAAAUAUCAUUACAGAAAACAAGAAAUAUCACAUUCCUCCACGUACCAAUUGUACUGUUUCCGAUUGUGUCAAAAAAUUCUGUCCUGCCUACGCUGGCAAUUAAAUAAUCUUCAAUACCUGGUAAGAGUGGUGGGGCCCCUUUCCUGGCAAUCACGGUCAGGAGCAAGUCCAUCUCCUAAUGUAGAUGGAGCUACAUUUUAAAGCCAAGAGACUGAUGCCUCAGCAGCAGGCCCCUAAGUAUUCAUAUUCCUGGCAGAGCUUAAUGACCAGUUAGGCUGAGGUGAGAACUAUGAAGGGAUAACAUGUAACAAAUGGGCAAAAUGCACAGUCAAUCCUUUCCUCUUUGGCACUAUUAAAGCUCACCAGGAAAAUAGCCUGUGUUUAAAUGACUGUCUCAUAUGAGGCCAUGAAAUUUGGGUUUUCUUUCCACUAAGAAUCUUUUACACAAGGUACAUCAAAGAUCUUUGUGUUCCCUCUGUUGGUUUGAUUUAUGGUUGCAAUGCUGUCCUGAGCUCCUCUAUCUCUUUCUGCGGUCCCCAUGGUGGAGGGGAGGAGAUUCCUUAGUAUCUAUUGUGUGAGUUCUGAGUAGACUACACAAUGGAUUGAUUUGGAGAUGGAUUUUUAAUCCUGAUAUCUGAAUUUCCAAAUUUGUCCUUCUAAGAGAGAUUUAGCUUUAUAAUAAUGUGGCUUUUUGGUAUGGAUAUGAACCCAGAUUAAAACUAAGGGCUAGUCACAAAACUUAACUUUCACUGAUCUAGAACAUGGAGGAAACGAAUGGUCACUAAUAUCAUGGUUCAUUCUAGUCAGAGAAAACAGUCCCAUUCAAAGUUUCUCAAAAUUUUCAGAGCACAGACCACAUCUUAAUUGAGAGAUUGUGGCGUGGGAUCACAAAUCUCCCAUUUGUGAUCCCAA